AUGACCGAACCGAUCGCUAUUCCGGCCAAACGCCGAGACUCACAACACCACGAGUCCCUGCAUUCACCCCAUACACAGGAAAUUAACGCCAUCAAAGACCACGUCGAUCUCUACGGCUGGUCUUCAGCCGCAAAGAAGCUGUAUGGUCACCACGCAGAACUUCAAGCAUACGAGAAACGGGAACUUGCGGAGGUCAGCCAUGGGAAGACGGCUGGUGUGCAGCUCGCCGAUGCCUGGGCUGCUUACCCUGACAAUGGCUGGCGCCCGCCAAUGUUCCAGCGACCUCGCCAGCCUGAAGUCCCACUGCGCGGGUGCCUCAAGGUCAAGAAGGAAGGGGAGGCUAAAGAGGCUGUCGACGAGAAGGAACCAUUAGAACACGAGAAGAAUGGACAGAUCGUCCAUAGGAAGGUGCGAACCGACGCUCCUGGACAUGAUGCAACACCCGGUACCACAAAGGCAAAAGCUCCGAAACUAAAGAACCAGAAGGCUGCCACUGAGCAAACUCCUGAGAAGUCGGUGACAAAGGCUGAGCUUGAGGCCGAUGAGUGUGCAAUCGCCUCGGAUUCGGAGGACAAUAUCGAACCGCCGCCGCCGCCACGACGGGCCAGAGGGGCAGCCCCUACAGCUCAGACAAGUACGCGACAGCAGACCGGCCAACACCGAGCCCCAGCGCCGCCUCGGCAGGCUCCUCCGCAGGCCAACCAACUUGCUGCUGCUGCACCCCAGCUCCCACCAGGGUUCAACGAAGCCGUGCUCCUGCGGCGCCAGGAAGCAGCCGCGAGGAGAUCGAGGAAGGAAUUGGAGGAUAUGACUGCCUACGCCCGCAGGGUCACACGAAUCCCAGUGUACCUGUCGCCACGUCACGACGAUCUCAGCAACUAA